AUGGAUACUUCUAAAGAUUCCCGCUCGACUUAUUUGAUUCCAUCGCAAAUCCCUCUGCUCUUACAAAUAAUUACAAUCGCCGUGAUUUUGACUUCUCUAGGCUGUGCCUUUAAGCGUCUAUACUUCCAUCCGCUGUCCAAAAUCCCAGGACCAAGGCUAGCUGCCGCAACUUCUUGGUAUGAAUUUUAUUAUAACGCCAUUCGAGAUGGAAUAUAUAGCAGGAGUUUUGAGCAAAUGCAUACGGACUACAAUUCUGCGGUCAUCCGAAUUGCUCCCAAUCAUGUCCAUGUCAAUGAUCCGGAUUUCUAUUCAAAAAUGUUCAACUACCGAACGAUUUAUCGAAAGGACCCAGGCUUUUAUAAGCAGAUAAACAUGUCGGAGUCUCUUCUUUCCAUACUAGACCCACACGAACAUCGUCUACGACGACAAAAAGUCAGCCCUUUAUUCUCGACAAAGGCUGCGGAUUCAAUGGCACCAGAUAUCCUCGCAAUCGCUCAGAAAGCAGCCAACAUCAUGAUGAAGCGUGGAGAAGAGAAAAGACCUAUUGAUAUGCAUCGACUCUGUCGCUCUAUUUCUUCGGAAGUAUUAUUUAAAAUACUUUUUGACGAACCUCAAGAUCUCCUAGACUCACAGGAAGAGCAUCCGGAAUUGUUGGCAAGUAUGGAUGCCUUCUUGAAGAAUUUUUGGAUUAUGAAGGCAUUCCCCGCUGUUGGGUGGUUGGCAACAAACCUACCUCAGUCGCUAGCCCAGAAGACAGUUCCCGGAUUGAAAAGUAUUAGACAUAAAUGUGAAAAAUGGGCCACAAUGGCUGUUGCUCGACAACAUUCCCGCGGAUUCACCAAAAAUGACUCGUCAUCAAAUACCGUGUUCGAUCUUCUUCUUGCUCCAACUCCCGAAGAACCGCGUUCCGAAUUUUCGAUACCGGACUUGGUGGAUGAGGCCUUCUUAUUCGUAUUCGCAGGGACUGACACCACAGGAAGUACGAUUGCAAAUGCUUUAUACUACAUUCUCUCUUCACCAUCUGUUUCUUCUAAAUUACUAGACGAACUGAAUGCUUGCGGCAUCACAUCGCAUGAAACUUUUGAUUGCAAGGUGGUUCAGAGAUUGCCAUAUCUAACGGCAGUAGUCAAGGAAAGCAUGCGGGUUUACACUAUUGUGCCAGGUGCUCUUCCGCGUAUUGUACCUGAUGGAGGAGUAGUUGUAGAUGGACAUUUCAUACCCGCCGGUACAAGCAUCUCACAAACCACUUAUUCACUCCAUUACAACGCAUCUAUCUUUCCUUCACCCGAAAAAUUCGACCCCGAACGAUGGCUUAGGGACGAAGAGAAAGCAUUAGAAAAGUAUUUUGCUCCGUUUAGCAAAGGUUCAAGAGCAUGUCUUGGUAUGAACCUUGCGAAUGAAGAAAUAUAUAUAGUAGUUGCGUAUUUCUUUUCCCGGUUCGAAAUGAUGCUUUAUGAGACAGAUGCUAGAAGUAUGGAGUGGGCAGAUUAUGCAAACGCGGUUAAUAAAUCGACUGUUAAAGUGCUUGUUAAGCGUGAUAAAUGGGCCGAUAACUAG